CCACAACCUUCUGCUCCCCCCAUAUGUCCCUCUUCCGCUGUCCUCCUUCACCUUGGCCAGCAACAGACGGAACAAAUACCAUCGUCGAUCCACCUCCGAAUCCCGGAAUCAUUUUUCGUCCUUCUAGAACCUGAACCCCUCCCUCAUUGUCUGCAUUCCAUCAUUGCAGAUCACAACCUUGUCACGCGCUUAUCCCCUACCUCAGCCUUUUCCAUACACAAGCCGACAUUCGCAUACCGCGCCAGCCAUUAUUAAUUACCCUGUCUCACCUGCUUGUGAAUCCCGAGCGGACCGCAAUCCUUAUCGGCGCCGCUCAGACUCGGAUUGUUAAUCAACCCCUCCAAAAGUCUAAAAAAAAUCCAGGCGCCAACACAAAAAAAAAACGACCAAGAAGAAAUAAAGGGUACUGCUGAAGAAGAAGCAAAAGAAGAAGAAAGAACUAUCUUGCUGGUACUGCGCAAUCAAGACCCUUCGCGACGCAAUCUUACUCUUGUCUACCGGGCUAUCUGAUCUUCGGCUACACUCACCAAGAAAACUUGUCAUCGACCACCAUAGCCACCGUCAUGACGAAGCUGAUUCUUUCCACGGGAAACAUUGUCUCGGGCGGUCCCUCCAUAAUCCGUAAACCAGGUGCCUACAGAUCGAAUCUCGAACUGACCAACUCACUGCGGAGCAAUUUCCUCGCUGCCCAGCAAGAUUACUCGCCCGCCGAGGACUCUUCGCCUAUCGACGAUGAGCCCGUCAACGGGAACGGCGUCUUGAACGGUCACUCAAACGGCUUCUCCCACAGCGACUCUGGUCGGCCCCGCAUCGAUGUGUGGACCGUCCGCGAGAACGAUGCUCUCUACAUCCCCCGCAUAGAUUGGUCCUAUUCCGGUCUGCAGGAGGAGCCCGACAACUACGACAUUACCGUCAAGCUCUUCUUCCUUCCCAACGCCCCCGCACAGGACCGCGCCCGGUAUGUUCAGGAUGCCUUGAGCCUCGUACGAAAGGAGCUGGGCGUCACGACAAUAGACCUGCUCAUCGCCUCGUUCCCCGGCAUGUCCUUUGAGGGCGACUGCGAAUGGGAGGCUGACAAGCGCAACGCCUCCCAGGGCAACAUCGACGAGGAGGCCGCGACGUGGACGGUGCUGGAGGAUUUGUAUAAGCGGGGCGAGGUCAAGGCCCUCGGUAUCUCCGAGUUCGGCACCGAAAAGCUGGCUAGGUUUAUCAAGAAGGUCAGCGUCCGCCCGGCCGUUGACCAGAUCAACAUCAAGGACUGCUGCAGCGUGCCGCCCACGCUGGUCAAGUUGGCCAAGGCGGAGGGCGUUGAGUUACUCGUCCACACCGACUGCACCGACAUCCUGCCCCGAGGCACCCUCCGCGACCUCCUCGGUCACGGCUUGCAGGGCGCUGGAGUCCUCGCCGACCCCGCCGAGGGCAAGGAUGGUCUUGAGGGCGACCUCACGCCGGAGUGGGUUGUCAAGUACACUGCAUUCGUGAAAGACCGGGGCGUGAUCGAGAAUAAGGGAUACUUCGCUGGCGCGGAGCUGGUCGAGACCUUGUAGGAGCGUACCUCCCGUGCUGUUUGGACACACUUCUUUCUUGAUACCACGAAUUGGUCACAUGGCCUAUAGAUACAUAUUGCAUAGCGUUUCUGAU